CACGUUUGCACGUCCAUACGUCAGAACUGCGUCAUUGUAGGCCUUUACCGGUGACUCAUGUCACGAAUUCCGCUGACUUGCACCAAUCUAAUAACCUAGUUACAGAAGGCCUCAUGGGGCUCGUUUUUCUAAAUAUUCAAAGUAUCGAUGCUUUUGUCCUACGUGAAGUACGAAAUCGCAAACCAAGCUCCCGACUACGCGAACAUAGAUGCAAAAGUGGCAGUUGCUUUAACCGGACGACGCUAUUUCACAAUGAAGUUUCAAGAAGUCGUUAUAUGACGUCCGCGAUAUCGCGAGGGCGAUAAUUCGGCGUGUAAAAGAAAUUUAAAUGGCCUCUAAGAUUUCAGGGUUCUGCUGUCACUGCGCGUCGUAAUCUCGAAGGCUGUGCUUUGUUUCUUUCUGUUUUUAUACCUCCCGCAAAGGUACCGCUAAGUUGAAAUGUGCGGAAAAAGUCUGCUUCGUUCUACUGUACUGAAUUUAGACAUAGACGGAGAGAGGCCAACUCAAUAACCCGCCCUCUAGGCUUAACUUAAGCCUGUUUCACAUGCAAGCGAAAAUGCUCGCGAAUCCUGCCGCAGCGCCGCAGAAAUCGGUUUCGAGCGGCGGCGGCGGCACUAGCGGCGUGAGCGGCGAGGUUCGGGCAAGUUGGAAUUUCAUCGCGGCGGCAGAGCGGCAGCGCCGCUUCCGAACGGCCCGCUUCGCCACGUGACCUGAGGAGGACUGGUGCGGGAAAGCCUGCGCAUAGGACGAUGUUUAUAUACUUGCUACACGUGGUACGGGCAACAUGCCAAGAGAGCUUUUCAACGAACUGCUUAUCACUGAAGUUUCAAAACGGCCACUGCUCUGGAAUGUGAAAGACAACAACUUCCGCAAUAGGACGUCUAAAGAGUCCCUUUGGGAAGAAGUAAGGGACGCCUUGCUGAAACACUUUGACACCGGUAAGCAAAAAAAAAAAAAAAACAGUUGUAUUGAACUGCGAGAUUGUCAGUUGACUAUAGAAGAAAUCCAAACAAGGUGGAAAAAUCUCAAAGAUACUUUUAGAAAGAAAAUUAAAGAUGAAGCAGACACCAAGAAGAGUGGAGCAGCAGCUGCUAGCAAAUCAAUUUGGCCAUAUAUGCAGCAGCUAGAGUUCCUCAGGAGCUACUGCAACCUUGGACCAACUGAUCUCUCAAUUGGUCGCACAGAUAUUCUCGCGGACAACUCAGCGUCUAAUGGGAACUUGGCGCCCAACAGUGGUGCAGCUACAUGCGGAAGCCCAGCGCGAAACAGUCGGAAGGAUCCAGAUGCCUCUUUGGACACCCUCGAAGUACUGUUUCAAACCCCAGGCUGUGCAGAUGCAAAUGAAGCAGGGUCUAUGACGGCAACCCCCAGCACAAGCGGUGUCCCGUCAUCAAGGGUAAAUAAACGACAAAAAAGGCGCCACGAACUGGACGAGACAGAUAGGCAGCUGCAAUCCGUGCGGAAUGCCAUUGCUGCUCACAGGCCGAUGGACGCUUCAAGCCAUUUUUUGCUGUCACUUAGACCACAAGUUGAAGCAACUCCUGCACACAUGCUGAUGCAUUUAAAGAUGGAGCUGCUGAGCAUUUGUGAGCAUUACAGUCAAGGGAAAUACCCAGUGGGCCUUCUUGUGCACCCAUCAUUUGAAGAAGAAUAAGGCGUAUUCCGGUUUAUUCCCAUGCUAUGUUUAUUUCCCCAUGCCAAACUUGCUUGCUGCACACACACACACACACACACACACACACACACACACACACACACACACACACACACACACACACACA